AUGGCUGAAUCAUUUGGGCAAUUAUAUGUUGGUGAUUUAAGCCAUGACAUUACAGAGACAGAGCUUUACUCCUUUUUCAAUUCCUUCGGAAAAAUCGUUAAAAUUGCCAUAAUCCGCAAAGAAGACGGUCUAGUCCCAUCUUCAGCUUACGCUUUCAUUACAUUUGACAACAUGACAAGUGCCCAAUUGGCGCGAUCUGAAGCAAACGGCAAAAAACUAAAGAACAGGAAUAUUUUUGUAAUGCUUUAUAGCAAAGAUAUACACAAAAAUGAACAAGCCAACAUUUUUGUUAAAAAUCUCCCUUCACAUCUUACAGUAUCUGAAUUCGAAAAACUUUUCCAGUCAUUCGGAAAUGUUAUAAGCUCAAAAAUCAGCUUUGAUAUAAAUGGAGAAUCCCGGGGCUAUGGAUUUGUGCAGUUCGCGACGCCUGAUCAAGCAGAUAGAGCUGUGGAAGCUUCAGGAAGACUUGUGAUAGGGGACCAUAAGCUUACAAUAGAUAAGUUUACACCAAAAUCCCAAAGGACAAGAAACUCACUCCCCCCCCCCCCUCCGUGAGCGAACAAAAAAAUUUUGUUCGCUCACGGAGGGGGGUUAAUUUUUUUUUUUAAAAAAAAUUUAUAUAUAAAUUUUAUAAAAAAUAUUUUUUUCGAAAUUUAAAAAAAUCCUAAUUUGCAAAAAUUGGGAAGCAAAUAUUAAUUUAAUUUGCAAAAUUUAUGUUUUAAAACGCAAUUUGUUUAAAAUUAAACAGAAUUAGCUCUAGAUUUCAUUAUACUAAUUAUCACUUAUAUAUCAAAAUUUUUUUCCAUAAAAAUUUUUUCUAUAAAAAAAUUUUUGUUCACUCACGGAGGGUGGGUUUUUGGUCAAAAAAUGGCGAUUUUUCUAAUGGUUUUGUUCGCUCACGGAGGGGGGGGGGGGAGUCAGUAAAUAAUGUUUAUGUAAGAGGAUUUUCUGAUAAUUUCAGAGAAGAAGAUUUACAGCACUCAUUUGAAAUUUUUGGAAAAAUCACAUCAAAAAUAAUUAUGAGGGACGCACAAGGGAAUUCAAGAUUAUUUGGAUUUGUUUGCUUUGAAGAUCCAGAAACCGCUGCAAACGCAGUUAGAGAAAUGAAUGGAAAAGAGAAUGCUCAGUUCGGAUUUACAUGGUUUGUCAGCCAAUUUAUGAAUAAAAAUGAAAGGCUUUAUUUGAAUAAGAAAAAAUACGCAGAGCUACAAGAACAAUGGAAAAAAAGAAAUUUAUGCUUUGUAAGUUAAAUAGGCAAAAAAAUAUUUUUUCUAUAAAAAUAAUAUUUAUUUUUUUAUAUAUUAUAAACCUAUCUCUCUAGCAUACUAUAAUUGUCAGUGGUCUCCCAAGCCAUUUAAAUGAAGAUCAGCUAAAAAAGCUAUUCUCAGAAUACGGUCCUGUAGAAUCUCUAAAAAUUGUGACUGCUGACAAUUUCAGAAUUGCUGACACCUUAGUCCUCGAAAAAAAAUCAACUGGAAAAGCCUUUGUUUGUUUCCAACAUGAAGCAGAUGCUGAUAAUGCUUUGGCCAAGCUCCAACAUAUGAAAGUAAACGACUCAGAAAUUAAAGUGAAAAGGUGGAUGCCAAAAAAUGAGAUAUUAAAGAUAAUAAAUAGAAACAAAUUCUUUGUGCCGCCUCCUAUGAUGAUGCCACCACCACCUCCUUAUAUGAAGCCACAAGGACAAAUGAUGGGAAGAGGAAGAGGAUACCCAGGGCAGUUCGGGCAAAAUAGAUUCCCACAGAAUAAUCAAAUGUAUCCGCCUAGACAACAGUUUCAAGGACAGAGACCAAAUUAUCAGCCAAGACAGACUAAUCAAAUGUCAGGGCAAGAACAAAAGCCCAGAUAUCAGCCAAGAGAUCAAGCUUUAAGACAGCCUGUGCAAGUUAAACAAGAAGCUCCAAUAAUUCAGCCUGUUUUGUUUAAUUAUGAACUUUAUAAGGCAGCUGAUCCAGUUCAUAAAAAACAGAUGAUAGGAGAAGCUAUAUAUACUGAGCUAAACCCUAUAUUUGGGCAAUUUACAGGAAAAAUCACUGGAAUGCUGAUAGAAAUUGGAGAGCCAGAAAUAUUACAAAUUCUUGGUGACAAGUCAAAACUUAAGGCAAAAGCAAAUGAAGCUUUAGAAGUUUUAAAGCAACAUCUCGGUAUUAAUUAA